UUUGCUGCGGCUGCAGCUCUGAGCUUCCUGUAUUGUGGAGGGGCUGGAAAGGGAGGUCUCGAGGCAGGCUGCAGCUUGCUGCAUUAGACUUUAUUUACAUACACAAACCGGUCUGUGCAGAGCCUGUCUCCUGCAGCCUGUGCUGAGGUUUGCAUGCCUGUGGAAGAAUCCUGCUAGCCGAGGAAGAAAGAGCGCCCAGGGGGUGCGGAGAAAGCCGAGCAAAGGGCGGUAAGCACGGAGCGAGAUGCGGAACUAGGCAUGAGUUUCCACGCCCAGAGCAGCGCUUUGCUGAGGUCUUGGGGAGCUCAGCUGUGCUGGCUGCAGCGGCGUCCUUGGGCGAGCCCCCUCCGGUCUUGCUUGGGUGGUGCUCGGCCCCGGCCCAUCGUGGACAUGUCCUACUCCCGCCACUUUCUGGAUUUCCACGGCUCGUCCAUCCCCACCACCAUGAAGAAGCUGGUGGUGACGAAGCUGAGCUCAAACUUCCGAGAGGCUGUGAGCCUACGACACGAUGCGCCUGUGCCACUCCCGGGAGACGGCGAUCUGCUUGUCAGAAACAGAUUUGUCGGCAUUAAUGCAUCCGAUAUUAACUACUCAGCUGGCCGAUAUGACACGUCAGUUAAGCCCCCAUUUGACGUAGGUUUUGAAGGAAUUGGUGAAGUGGUAGCCUUGGGCCUAAGUGCCAGCGCUAGAUACACAGUGGGCCAACCAGUGGCCUACAUGAGGCCUGGUGCUUUUGCUGAAUAUACCAUUGUUCCUGCCAAAGAAGCCAUCCCGGUACCCUCUGUGAAACCUGAAUUUCUUACACUACUGGUAAGUGGAACUACAGCAUAUAUCAGCCUGAAGGAGCUUGGAGAACUGUCUGACGGGAAGACGGUUCUGGUGACAGCCGCAGCAGGAGGAACCGGUCAGUUUGCCGUGCAACUUUCCAAGAAGGCAAAAUGCCAUGUAAUAGGAACAUGCUCCAGUGAUGAAAAAUCUGGCUUUCUGAAAUCCAUAGGCUGUGACCACCCUAUCAACUACAAAACUGAAAAUGUUGCUGAUGUCCUUAAGAAGGACUACCCGAAAGGUGUGGAUGUGGUGUACGAAUCUGUCGGCGGGCAGAUGUUUGACUUGGCUGUCAGCUCCUUGGCUACCAAAGGGCGCCUGAUAAUUAUUGGGUUUAUCUCUGGCUACCAAACCCGUACUGGCCUUCAGCCUGGUCAUGUGGAAAUGUUGCCAGCAAAGCUGCUAAGGAAAUCUGCCAGCAUCCGGGGUUUCUUCUUAAACCAUUACCUUUCUGAAUACCAAACGGCUUUGAAACACUUGAUCGAAAUGUGUGAAAACAGAGAACUGGUUUGUGAGGUGGACCUUGGAGACAUGUCUCCAGAGGGCAAAUUUGCUGGCUUAGAGUCCGUAUUCCACGCUAUAGAUUAUAUGUACAUGGGGAAAAACAUUGGAAAAAUUGUAGUUGAAUUACCUCACUCUGUCAACAGUAAGCUGUAAAAACAGAACAAUGAUAUAAAUCAAAAGAGGGAAAAUGGGCACUUUAUGCUUCACAAUAACUAUUUCUUUAAAGUUGCCAAUGGGUAACAUAUUAAAAAAUAGCAUGUAGGGUUUCGUUAAAAAUAUUUGUUGAAUUUAAGUGGCUUUGUGUUCUUUAAAAAUGCCAUGUGUCGUUGGCAUUGCAUUAAACAGUUCUGUGUUUUUUCUGGGAGUUUUGAGCGAACUUGUGAUUAAACUUGCAUUGGAUUUGAAUCUGGCCAACUAUGAAAUCUUCACCUACAGCUUUCCUCUAGAAUUGAGUAAAUAAAGGCAUAUUAAUAUUUUAAGUGAAAUCAAUAAUAUUAUCGAUUCUUCCUAUGAAAAAGGAUGGGUGCAAUUCACCUGGACAUUCUGCUUGAGCAAUGGGAGUCACGCAAGAGUGCUUUUCAGUAGCACAGGGCAGCAUCGUAGCGGAUUGCUCUUGAUAUAAUUUAAAAAUGAGAAAUUAUCUUUUUUUUCAGUUGUGUUGGUUACGAAACCAAUAAUAAAAUGCAGAUUUAUGUAACUCAAAAGAUAUAUUUUACUAGUUACAAAAGUUCCAGCUUUUGUUUUUAAAUGAAAGUUUGUUUUAAUUUUAUAUAAGGUUUUAUAGUUAUGUUUUGAAAUCUUCAUGUUGUAAUACCACUUGCUAACUAUUAUUUUGGCUAUAUUAACCCGUUAAUUGGGUUAACUUUGGUAUCAUGCUACAUUCUACCAAUACUAAGACAAUCUUAAGAACAGCUUUAACGAAGCCCCUCACCUUACAAGGGAAAUGGUGACUAGAUGGUUUGCUUAUAAUGGCCCCAGAAGACUGUGCUGAACUAUGCAAUAAGGUGAAGCCUUUGUAAGAAUUUAUAUUUCAACCUUUGUAAGAAUUUAUAUUGUUUUAAAGCAUUAAAAUCAUUUUGACAAAUUUUUUUUUA